CACCGGCUACCAGCCCACCCUCGCACAGACGUACUCGUAGGCUCAUUUUCGCCACUCGUAGCUUGCAUCAUCUUACUUUACCAGACGCAGCGCUGCAGCCAUUUCCCACAGUCACUCUUUGAACUACCAAGAAAAGCAGUCGCCAUCGCCAUCAAGAUCAGUUCUAGCGCCACCCACCCUAGCUUCCUCCUCCUCCCUCGCCAUUCUUCAUCAUGACUUCCAACCUUGCAUCCACCUCUUCCUCCGGCCCCUCUGUAUCCACACGGCGCAAGAGACAAAGGACUCGUGUUCGUGAUGGACCUUCCAACUUCAGCUUCGCAUCCGCAGGAGUCGCAGUAGCAGCCGCCGCACUCUUGGCCAUUGCGCCCGCCGCUCAGGCACAAUCUACCUAUACCCUCUCCCUCACCCCGCCCGCUCAGUCCACACUGGCAUCGCCCAUCUCGGAAGUGCUGGCUUCAAACUUUGUUGGAUUCGGUAUCGAGCCAACCAGUCUCUUUGAAUUUGCAGGAGGAGCGACACCGAAUCCCCUCACCUAUAACCUCCUUUCCAACAUGGCCAAUUACACUGGAGUGCCGCCCCACCUUAGAAUCGGCGGCAAUGCAGGAGAUCAGCAGGUCUACUCCAACUCCAUCGGCGGCUACACAAUUCAAGAGAAUCCCAGUGGAGACUCUGACCAGACGAAUGCCUACUUGUUUGGUCCCAAUUACUUCAAGGUCUUCAAUAACUUUCCCACCGAUACCCCCAUUACCUAUCACAUCAAUCUGGCUUACCAAGGUAGUGGCUGGCAGGACCUCAUGGUCAGCACCGCUGCAGCCGCCCUCGACGGUAUGACUACGAGUAAAAUCGUAGGCUUCGAGCUGGGCAAUGAGCCAGACCUCUUUGUCACCAAUGGCUACCGAACCUCGUCCAACUGGUCAGCCGCUGCAUUUGCCCUGCAGUGGCAAGCUGUGGCACUUGACAUUUACGACAAUGUCCUCAAGUCACGAAACAUCGGCACCAACUUCUUCGAGCCUGCCGGCACCGCCACCACGGCCACAACCAAUGGCCACCCGUAUCGCAUUGAUGAUCUCGUCGAUUCGGCCAUUGCCAUCGACAAUGGUAUCUACAUUUCUGGGUGGAAUCAGCAUGAUUACUACUACUACGUAGGAGUGUCCACCUACACACUUACCACAGCUCUCCUGCUCGACCUAUCCACCACCGUUUCUCAAUUUGCGGAAUGGAAGCAGCAGUCAGCCCAGGCUUACGCCACUGGCAAGGCCUACUAUCUCCGUGAGAUGAACUCCAUUGGUCCCACAGGCCUGGUGGGAAUCAGUCCGACAUUUGCCCAGACCCUGUGGGUCUUCAACUUCCACCUCUAUGCUGCGACGGUCGGUGUAGCCAAUGUCCACAUGCACAUGACGACGUACUCCUGGGGAGCGGCUUGGCUGCCCAUUCAAAAUGCCAGUACGGCGCCUCAUGUCAGGUCGAGCUACUAUGCUUAUGCAGCCGUCGCUCAGCUCAUCGGAGCUACUUGCGAUGUGCAAAUCGCAUCGCAGUCCCUUAGCAACGCACCGUCUGGGUAUAGCGAUAACCUAGCUGCCUACACAAAGUACCAAGGUGGUGCUCUCCAGUCCCUCAUCCUCGUCAACACCAUGCCCGCCUACUCUGGCUCCUCAAUGAAUACCGUCCAGGUGUCGUACAAUGUCCCCAGCUGGGCAGGCAAAACCGUGUAUGUCUCCUACCUCUCUGCAGCAGGGGUCGACGCAACGGAGAACACUACCUGGAACGGUCUCUCCUACGAAGUCUCCGGCACCGGGCUCGCCACACCCGUAUCCUCUGCCGUACCUAUGCAGCUCACAGUCAGUUCUGCUGGAGUGCUAACUGUGCCAGUCAGAGAUUCACAAGUAGCAGUGGCCAACUUGGGGUACAGGAUUGGGACAACGAACAGUGUAGUCAACUCGACGAAUUGCGCAGUGGCGGCUGCUGCUACGUCUGCUGGCGCAACGGCUGCUACAGCGACCUUUUCGACGGUCAAGACGAACCCUUAUGAUGGAGCUGUGGGAGCCGGAGUGGAUUUGAGGACACUGCUCCUGGUAGCACUCGCUACAUUGGCAGGCGGAGUAGCCGUAUUCCUCUAAAUCUCGGUGCAAUUCCCACUUCCUCCCUCGCUCGCACGUCCUCCCCCUCUUUGAUCUUCCUUACGAUCAACUCAAUUCAACUCA